AUGGCUCCUACCUUCCCCAAUCUAACCAUUGAAUCUCCGGCCUCAGCGCCAGGCGUUCAUAUCAUCACAAUGAACAAAGCGCCCGAAAAUCGCUUGAAUGUGGCUUUUGCUCAGACAAUCAUUGCCGCCCUGCGACAUAUCGAAAGAGACCUGAUGAGACCCGACUCUCCUGGCGCAGUGAUCAUAUCGUCCUUCUCGGAUAAAUUCUGGUGUACCGGCCUGGAACUCGAUGAGUCCGACUCCAAUGCCUAUGCAAACUCUGACGGCUUCUACCCUCUACUCGCCACGCUUGUGGACUAUCCCUACCCAACAAUUGCCCUGGUCACAGGCCACACGUUCGGCGGCGCCUGCCCUUUUGCUCUGUCCUGCGACUACCGCAUCAUGAACAGCAAGCGUGGCUUCAUCAGCAUGCCGCCCGUGAAUCUAGGUCUGCACUUCGACGGAAUUGGAGCGUUGCCUCGGCUUAAGCUACACCCGCAAAUUGCCCGGAAAAUGCUGCUCGAAGCACACAAGUGGACGGGCGAGGGGGCCUUGAAGGACGGCAUCGUUGACGAGAUCUGUUCGCCUGAGGAGAUGAGGCAGAGAGCUGUUGAGUUCGCGGCUACCAUCGCUCCCCGAGCUACAAUGGGCGUCUACGGCCUCUUGAGGUCGGAGUUAUGGGGUGAAGCUCUAGAUAAAUUCAAGGCCAUCAGCUACGUACACAGAAAGAGAGUAGGGACCGUCGCAAAGGCCAAGAUCUAG